AUGCCAGAAGCCUUUGUUUAUUUUGUAGUUGUAUCUACAAUCUAUUUCUAUAUUUAUGUGUUUCAUAACAAACUGCAACAACCUCCUUCCUUUUUACAGAUCUACAUAUCACUAGCGAUCCUCAGCGUGUCCGCCAACACCAAAUUCUACGAAGAUCGUUUCAAGUCCCUAGGUCAGCAGGAAUGGAGUGGCAAUCCAGACGCAGCGCACGACUCUUCAGAGUACUCGCCAUCUUACGCUCAGUACCCGAAGAGCCGAGAAAUAUUCGAAUCCUCCGAAUCCUUCGACAGACCCAACAAGGAAUGGUUUUCGGCCUCGGCCAGCAAGCGAGUACCUCUCGAGGACAAGCACUUCAAGAAGAUAAUCUCUCCGUUUUACACCAUCACCGAGAAGGACUCCCAGAAGUAUAGGGACAUCGUGAUGAAGUCGGGCAUCCCCUACUGCCAGGAGAUCAAGACGAAGAAGCCUGGUAAAGAUGGAAGCACGAAGGACAGUAUGACUUGUUACAAAUGCAAGAAUCCUAAGAACGGAGCCACGUACGAGCAAUGUUCGUACGCUUCUCAGCCGACGGCGGAGUCUAGUAAUCAGGAAGAAACCGAUCCCUCAGGGUUCAGAAACAGGAGAUCUAAUUCGGACGAGUCCUCCUAUGGUUAUGGGGACUCUGGCUACAGGAGACACGAUAGUCCUUACAGAUUCAACGAGAAGAUCUUCACGGACGCUUCGGAAGGCGUGCCAGCCGAGUACAAGAACAAGAACGAGAAGUGCGAGAAGGUCUUCAAGGACUCCAUGGUCUGCAUGGUCUGCAAGAACACCAAGAGCAACGCCAAGUACGAGCAGUGCUCCUACGUCCGCCAGCCCAACGAGAAAAGCUACGCCUUCAGCAAAUCCAGCUCCUUCAAGAACCCUGAACGCAAGGAAGACGACGAACACGACGAAGAAUCAGAGAGCAAGCCGGUUAGGGACUCUGUGUUCAAGAAGGAGUCGCAAAAGUCGGAAGAGUCACCCAGUAACUGUAAGGAGGUGCAAAGAGACUCGAAGACCUGUACCGUCUGCAAGGACCCUGAUACCGGAGGAAACUACGAGAAGUGUUCCUAUAGUUACCAGCCGAACGACAAGGUCUACAAGUUCAGCAGCUCCAAGAGCUUCGGGAGUCCCAGAAAAUCGUCGACCGAGGAGGAGCCCGAAUACAAAGACGAUAAACCCGUAGAAAAAGCAGCGAGCGAGUCCGACGAGGAGUACAAGAGAGACUACUCGGUUCCAGAGAAUUAUGAGUACAAACCACUGUACAGUUACCACGCGGCAGCGUCGGAGAACAAGAAAUCCACCGCGGAGGACGAUGAUUCGCUGUCAGGAUACGCGAGGUCCAAGUCCGAAUCCGAAAGGAUCGCCCAAAGCAUCGAGCCAACGCACUGCAAGAAGGUCCAGAAGGGUUCGCUGAGCUGCAAGGUGUGCAAGGACCCGAAAACAGGCAGCAAUUCUGAGCAAUGCUCGUAUGAACAGCAACCAUCCGACAAGAACUAUUCUUACAGCAAGUCCAAGUCGUUUGGAAGCCCCACGAAGACGGAGAACCACGAAGACAAGACCUACGAGGGUUCGGAGACCGAGGAGUCAGAACCUCGCAAGGACAGUUUCGGUUUCUAUGGGGAUUCCGGGAAGGACAGAGAUACUAGGGAGUCUUCUACGAGCGAUGCCGAGACGAAAACCGAAGAGAAGACAGAUCCGAAGAAGGUUGAUGACUUUUCUGAAGCGUUCAAGAAGAAGGCGGAGAUCAAAAAGUUCCUGCAGGAGUUCCAGAAGGAAGACCGCUCGAAUUGUAAAAAAAUGAUGCGUGGUAAGAUGACGUGUUAUCAAUGCGUGGACGACAAAGGAUUCAGGAAAGAGGAGUGUGCUUUCAUCACCGACGGCGAGUUAGCAGAAGACAAGGUGGACGAAGUCGAGGAACCUAGCAAGAAGAUACCCAGAUCUGUGAACGAGAAGGUGGAAGAUGUCCCUGUGGAACCAGAAGCCUCUGCCAGUGAAAAUAUCGAAGUGAGGAAGAAAGAGGAGGUAGAUUCUGGAGCUGGGAAGGAAGCUGAACCUUACGAAUAUGUUGCUGAAACUAGACCCGUGUACGAUAAGGUCCUUGGAAUCACGCUGCCAGCUUAUAUGCUGACCACUUCCGAGCACGAGGAGGAGUUUGAUAGAAUCGUAGCUUCUGAUGCUAACUAG